AUGGGUGGGAUGGGCAAGACAACCCUUGCUCAACUCGUUUACAAUGAUGCUGAAGUAAAUGAGAAAUUUCAUAUGAAAGCAUGGGUCUGCGUCUCUGAUGCAUUUGAUAGUUACACGAUAACAAAGAAAAUAUUUGACGAUGUCACCGCAUCAAACAAUAAUAUCGACAGCCUUGAUCAGCUUCAAAUCAAGUUGAAAGACAGCCUUGCGGGAAAGAAAUUUCUAAUUGUUUUAGACGACGUUUGGAAUCACAAUUAUAAUGACUGGGACCGCUUAAGAAAACCUUUCAGUGCUGGAGUACAGGAUAGUAGGAUUAUCGUUACAACACGCAGUGAGGAGGUUGCGUCAGUAAUGGGCACCAUUCCUAGUCAUCACUUGCAGCAAUUGCCGUUUCAAGAUUGUUGGUCAUUAUUUGUAAAGCACGCAUUUGUGAAUGGAGAUUAUAUGGCUAAUCCAGAGCUAGAGAAAAUUGGCAUAGAUAUUGUGAAGAAAUGUGGAGGCUUGCCUUUAGCUAUUAAAUCACUUGGAGGUCUCUUGCGGUCUAACCUGGAUAUUGAUAUUGACUACUGGAAAUAUAUAUUAAAAAGCGAGAUAUGGGAUUUGAAGAGCGACAUUUCUCCGGCUCUAAGAUUGAGCUAUCAUUAUCUCCCUUCACAUUUAAAGCGAUGUUUCGUGUCUUGUUCAAAAUUUCCUAAAGGUUAUGAAUUUGAAAAGGAAAAGUUAGUACAGUUAUGGAUAGCCGAAGAUCUUGUGCAAAAAUCCAAAAGCAAUACAUUAGUGGAAGAUGAAGGUAACAACUACUUUCGCGAACUAUUAUCAAGGUCUUUCUUUCAGAGAACGAGUGAUAGUAAUUCAUAUUUUGUAAUGCAUGACCUAAUCCUUGAUUUAGCUCAACAUAUAUCUGGAAAGUUUUCUGUUAGGUUAAACGAUGAUGAGCCACUUGAUCAUAUUUGUGAAAAAUUUCGCUAUUUUUCAUUUGUGCAAGGCAUAUAUGACACAUUUGAGAAAUUUAAGGUUGUUAAUGAGGUUAAGUGUUUACGGACUUUCAUAUCAUUUUCAAGAGUUGGAUGGAGGCACUACUUGGGCAACAAGGUACUCCAUGAUAUGUUGUCGAGCCUGAGAUGCUUAAGGGUGUUAUCUUUAUCUCGAUAUGAGAUUUCUGAAUUGCCUAAAUCGAUCGAAAGUUUGAUACUUCUACGCUAUUUGGAUCUCUCUGGGACAAAAAUCAGACGAUUAACUGAUUCAAUAACAACCUUGUGCAAUUUGCAAACAUUAGAUUUGUCAAAUUGUUAUCGUCUCAUUGAGUUACCUGUGAAUAUUGGAAAACUAAUCAACUUGCACCAUCUUGAUGUUAGAGGAACUGCAAUAACAGAAAUGCCGACUCAAAUGAACAGAUUGAAAGGUCUCCAACAUUUAACAUAUUUUGUAGUUGGCAAGAAUAGUGGGUCAAGGAUCAAUGGGUUGAAAGAACUUUGUCAUCUACGGGGAGAACUCUGCAUUUCAGGGCUUCAAAAUGUAACCGGUAGUCUAGAUGCAUCAGAAGCCAAUCUGAAAGGAAAGGUGCACCUUGAAGGGUUAAAACUGGAAUGGUGUGGUGAUACUGAUGAUUCACGAAAGGAAAGGGAAAUAUUUGACAAGCUACAGCCUCAUGAAAUGGUGAAGGAUCUUGAGAUCAUUAACUAUGGGGGCACAAGAUUUCCAAAUUGGUUAGAGAGCACUCCUUUUUGUAAGAUGGUGUCCUUGAAACUUAGUAAGUGUGCUUAUUGCAAUUCCUUGCCGUCGAUCGGCCAGUUACCCUCUCUAAAAUUUUUAAGCAUUGAAGAGAUGAAAGCAAUAGUGGAGGUGGGUCGGGAGUUCUAUGGGAAUGCUUCUUCUUCGACCAAACCAUUUCGAUCUCUGGAGUCACUAAGUUUUGAAAGAAUGCCAGAGUGGGAAAAUUGGCAUUCAUUAGGGGUCGGAGAGUUCUCUUGUCUUUUAGAGCUUUCUUUGUUGAGCUGUCCCAAGCUGACCGGUGAGUUACCCAACCACAUCCCGUCUCUAAGGAAAAUUGAAAUUUCUGGAUGUAAUCGGCUUGUGUCAAAUCAAAUUGGGCAGAUGCUGCAACACACACCUUCUCUCGAGGAAUUGAAAAUUUCUUAUAUGUCAUACUUGACGGUAUUGCCGACGCAGCUGCAAGACCUGAAUUCUCUUCAGGAGUUAGAGAUUAUAUGGAUACCAAAAUUGAAAGAAUUUCCUUUUCAAUUGUGCAAAUUACUAAAACUUGAAUUGUUGAAGAUAGAGGAAUGCGACAAGUUUGUGUCUAUUCCAGGUGUGGGGUUGCCACCGACUGGUGGUCUACCUGCUACAUUGAAAACACUUGACAUCCGGGACUGUUAUAGUUUAGAGUUUCCAAUUCUGUCGGAGGAGGAGACGGAGCGUAAUUACCACUUGACAUGUUCUAUAGAAACUUUGUGCAUAUUCUACAAUUGUGGUCUACUCAAAUUGCUGUCGUUAGGUUUCUUCCCAAAGCUACGUUCUCUAGAGAUCUGGGGUGGCGAAGACAUUUUGUUUCCUAACGAGCUCCAAAAUCUGAUAGAUCUUGUAUUACAUGAUUGCAAUGCAGUUGGACGAUUGUCCGCUCCCAAUCUAACAUAUUUUGAAGUUCGUAACUGCAGUUAUCUGCAGUUGUUGCCGCAACAAAUGCACAGUCUCCUCCCAUCUCUUCAAAAUAUGGUUAUAUCUCAUUGUCCAGAAGUUGAAUCAUUUCCAAACGGAGGUUUGCCAUCCAACCUACGUGAACUUACCAUAUGUAAUUGCAAUAAACUCAUGGAGGGCCGGAUGGGGUGGGGUUUGCAAGCACUCCCAUCUCUUGAAAGCCUCUGCAUCAGCGAAGAAAAAGACGAAGACGACGACAACAACGAAGAAGAAGAAGUAGUAGUGUUGGAGUCAUUUCUGGAGUGGCUAGAAGAAGAAGAAGAAGAAGAAGAAGUGUUGGAGUCACUUUGGGAGGAGUGGCUAUUAGAAGAAGAAGAAGAGUUGGAGUCAUUCCCGGAGGAGUGGCUAUUGCCCACCACUCUUAGUUAUCUAAGGAUUGCAAAUUUUCCAAAUCUGAAAUCACUGAACCACAAGGGCCUUCAACACCUCACCUCUCUUACAAGUCUGAUCAUUGUUAAUUGCCCUAAGCUCCAUUCCUUGCCAGAAGAGGGGCUGCCCAACACCCUCACUUACCUGUGUAUAUUCCAAUGUCCAUUGCUGAAACCACGUUGUCAAAGGGAGAAAGGGGAAGAUUGGCCCAACAUUUUCCGAAUCCCCCACAUAAUUAUCGAUAGUGAAGACAUUGUAAACUUUGACUGA